GCGAGGGCGGCUGUGCGCGAGGGCGGCUGUGCGCGAGGGCGGCUGUGCGGCGGCGCGCGAGGGCGGCUGUGCGCGAGGGCGGCUGUGCGGCGGCGCGCGAGGGCGGCUGUGCGCGAGGGCGGCGGCGCGCGAGGGCGGCUGUGCGCGAGGGCGGCUGUGCGCGAGGGCGGCGGUGCGGCGGCGCGCGGGCAGCGGCGGGGGGAUGUUCAGCUGGCUGGGGAAGCAGGGCGGCGGGCGGGAGCGCGGCGGCGGCGGCGAUGUGGUGCAGACAGUGACCGGAGGGCUGCGGGACCUCUACCUCCGCAAGCUGCUGCCGCUGGAGGAGCACUACCGCUUCCAUGACUUCCACUCGCCCGCCCUGGAGGAGGCCGACUUCGAGAACAAGCCCAUGGUGCUGUUGGUGGGGCAGUACAGCACCGGCAAGACGACUUUCAUCCGAUACCUGCUUGAACAAGACUUCCCAGGCAUGCGGAUUGGACCAGAGCCUACCACGGAUUCUUUUAUUGCUGUGAUGUAUGGAGAUUCAGAAGGAAGCGUUCCUGGAAAUGCUCUAGUUGUUGAUCCUAAGAAGCCAUUCCGGAAACUCAGCCGCUUUGGAAAUGCUUUCCUGAACAGGUUCAUGUGUUCUCAGUUACCCAACCAGGUACUGAAGAGCAUCAGCAUCAUCGACAGCCCUGGCAUUCUCUCUGGAGAGAAGCAGCGGAUAAGCAGAGGCUACGACUUCUGUCAAGUCCUCCAGUGGUUUGCUGAGAGAGUCGACCGCAUCAUCCUCCUUUUUGAUGCCCAUAAGCUGGAUAUAUCUGAUGAGUUUUCAGAGGCUAUUAAGUCAUUCCGGGGCCAGGAUGACAAGAUUCGAGUGGUGCUUAAUAAGGCCGACCAAGUGGACACACAGCAGCUGAUGAGGGUCUACGGUGCACUCAUGUGGUCCCUGGGAAAGGUGAUCAACACUCCAGAGGUGCUGCGGGUUUACAUUGGCUCCUUCUGGGCCCAUCCUCUCCAGAACACAGAGAAUCGAAGACUCUUUGAAGCCGAGGCACAGGAUCUCUUCAAGGAUAUUCAGAGUCUCCCGCAAAAGGCUGCUGUGCGGAAACUUAAUGAUCUCAUUAAGAGAGCAAGACUUGCAAAGGUUCAUGCUUAUAUAAUCAGCUAUCUGAAAAAAGAAAUGCCCUCUGUGUUUGGAAAAGAGAACAAGAAGAAGGAGCUCAUCAGCAGAUUACCAGAGAUCUACAUCCAGCUGCAAAGGGAAUACCAUAUCUCAGCAGGAGACUUCCCUGAAGUCAAGAAAAUGCAGGAGCUGUUGGAGACUUGUGACUUCACUAAAUUUCAUUCUUUGAAACCAAAGUUAAUUGAAGCUGUAGACAACAUGCUGGCCAACAAAAUUGCCUCCUUGAUGAGCCUGAUCAGACAGGAAGAGAGCAAUAUGCCCACAGAGGUGGUACAUGGUGGAGCAUUUGAUGGCACCAUGGCAGGACCUUUUGGCCACGGAUAUGGAGAAGGUGCUAAGGAAGGAGCUGAUGAAGACGAAUGGGUUGUUGCCAAAGACAAACCUGCUUAUGAUGAGAUUUUCUACACUCUGUCACCGAUCAAUGGCAAAAUAUCUGGGAUUAGUGCAAAGAAGGAGAUGGUAACUUCUAAACUACCCAACAGCGUCUUGGGGAAGAUCUGGAAACUUGCAGACUGUGAUGGUGAUGGGAUGUUGGAUGAUGAGGAGUUUGCAUUAGCAAAACAUCUCAUCAAGAUUAAACUGGAUGGAUAUGAACUGCCUGGCACGCUACCUUCCCACCUGGUGCCACCAUCUCACAGGAAACCUUUCCAGACAGCAGAAUGAAAAAUAGGAGAAGAAGGAGGAUUUUGGAAAUCUUUCAACAAAUGUGUUGAAACCACCAAAAUUUGAAAUUAGGCUUAGAUUGUUAAACCUCACAGCACAUUUCACGCAAGUUACUGAAAUUAGAAGCAUGGUAGCAGGGAAACAUUCGUGUAGCUGUCCCUGCUGACCUUCACUCAGGCAUGCUUAUCAAAAGUGCCUUGUAUAGCUCUAGUGUAAGGUGAAAAUGUUUCUGUAGUCCUGCUUCCAUGUCUUGCUGCCCUUACAACCAUAAAGCAGAAGAGACCAUGUAUGAAAAACACUGACCUUCACCAAACCUAAAUACUUAUCAACUGUACUGUAAGUUUCUCCAAACUAUUUUAAAUAGCGCAAGGAAGCUCCAAAUGUUAAAUUCACCUGCCUAUGCAAGGAACAUUUUCUAUACUAAAAACAUACUUCAGGCAUCGAGUGAAUGUCAGCAUCUCUGUAGCUUAAGAAAAGGCCGAUAUAAGAGGAUAUUUUAUUUUUGUUCGUUUUAUUAUUUAAUAGGGGGUUAGAAAAAGGGAGAAGAGUAAUGGGGAGAUCUUUUAAAUGCUCAGAACAUGAACAGACUUGUUUAAAAACUAAUAGCUAGAACUGCAAAAUACUAAAACGAUUCUUUCAAUCUGUCGUCAUUGUGUCUUGUUAACCGGAGAACUGCUUCUUCAGUUUUUUACAGCACUAUAUACUCAGUAUUAUCAUUAGAAGACCUGAAUCUCCUUUGUUCCUUGGAUGUGGAGUUUCUUUUGAGGCUUCAGUUGAGCUGCUCUGCAGACAAUAAAUUCCUGAAUUGUUCAAAGUGACAGCAGAAUGUUUCCAUAAGUUAAAAAAAUGAAAAGAAAUCAGGUUUCCAUUGAAAUCAGGCCUAAUGUUCUGUUCAGAAAAGAUGCGUUGCUCAAAGCCAGCCGCUUCAAAGCACAUCAAAUUGUCUUGGGAAAUUUUAAUUUUUAUUUAAUUUCUCUUUACAGGUAAUUAUACAGUUAUCUCUGUGUAUUUUUUUUACAUAUAAUAUUUUUAGAAAAGCUUUUAACUCUUUCUUUUCCCAACAUAGAGCUGACAACUGCAAAAGAGAGAUUUAAUCCCUGUGGUGGCAGAUUUGAAAGAUGGGGAGGCUAACAGGAAUCUUUACACUGACUGUAAUAAACGAUAGACUGGUCCCUCCAGAUAUUAUUCCGUUACUGAAAACAAUCCGUGGAAGGAAUGGAUGCUUAAUAAACAUUCAUUUUUCUAGCAGCACAAUCGAAGUUGAACAUAACGGCUGCUUACAGCUGAUUUUUAUCAGUACCUUAAAAGCAUAUUAAUUUUUGGCCCUGUGAACUUGAGUCUCUCAGGGAGGGCCAGUUCUUUUCUGAAAUCAAACUCGGCAGUCAGUUUUGCUCUAUGCACUUGAGCAGGAAUUGACUUGUUCCAUUAGUAGUAUGAGAUACCCUAUGCAUCAAAGGUACUGUAGCUUUGAGCACUUUUUCAUUGAGUCUCAGUAAGUGGUAGCAGUAGUGACUUCUGAGACAGAGCAAGCCAAAAAGUGUUGUAGCAUCCUUGCAGUCUGGGUGGGGAGGGAAGUGGUUUGGGUAUUGUCUCCCAGAUAAGAUUUUAGUCACACUUACAUGUUCAGAUUUGUAGGUGACCUAAGAAGAGCCUCAGCUUCUUUUUUCAAAUAGUACAUGUGUAGGUUGUUGGUUAGGUUUAAUAUUUCAGAUCUUUCCAGAUCUCUUAUCUUUCUGCUAUCUUUCUAACAUGAAAUUACCAUGAACUUUGCCAGGACUCUACCAUGGGAAAACAAUGAAGCUAUUUUAAGUAAUGACAGAAGAACACCUUUACCUUGCCAGGCUUCUGGGCCUGUAUCAGGGAUAGACUGGCGUAGUUAGGUUGUUCUUCAGGACUUGCUUGCCUUUUUUCUUUUUUUUUUUUUUAAAUUAUUAGGUUUUUCUCUUAUCAUUCAAGCGUGCUAACUUGGUUUCUGUUAGACCUAAAUUGGGAGCCAGUUUAGCCUUAGUGCAUCUCUGUGCACUUUAGUAGAGCUAUGAAACUUGACCAUGAGGCUUCCUGUGUAACUGUACAUCUGCAGAGUAACUGAUUUUCUAUGUAAUUUAUUUUUGAACAGGAGCUGUUUAAAAAAAAAAACGGCUGCAGAAGGAGUAAUGUAUGUUUGUUUGUGUGUAGUGUCUGCAGUCAGUAACAAGUUCAUAUGCAGAUGACCAGCCUUACUAGCUUAGAAAGGAAAGCCACCAGGAGAAAGCAAGCAAGCUUGUGUAUUGUGUUGGGGAAGGCCUAGAGGAUCUGGGAAAUUGCUGAUCUUCUGACUCUGUCUGCCUUACCUUGCUUAUUUAGCAGCACAGGGUUCCAGUGGUGGACCCAUGUUUGAGUUCCCACCGUGUGCAGUUUCCAGGGUUGACGUUCCAAAUGCAUUGGAGCCACAUGAUCCUAUGCUAGUAGAAAUAGCCUCCUUCAUGAGAGGAGCAGGAUAAUUUCUCUGUGAUUUGAUUGUAUUUUUCUAGCUUUAUUGGUAGUAAAAUGGAGAAAAAACACCUAUUCUUCAGUCUCUAUGACAGUGUGCUGACCUGGGCUUAGGGGAGACAAAUUGGAAUGCAUCGUUUUGAUAAGUUAGAAUAUUUUGUUUAGGUGGGGUUGAAAGGUUCUGCUUUGUUUUCCUGUAGAAUUCGGAAGGGGGAUGCACUAAGCACGUACAGGAGUAGAGGUGGAUUUUCUUUGUUUAUCUGGAGGAAUAGAAGCUUUUCCGGAUUGGUGUGAAGAGCUACAUGCAUAAAUAUAUUUCUAGAUAUGUGUGGUACAGUGCACUGGCAUCAUACUUAGUUGAUAGGUAUAAAGUACAUUUCACGUAGACUUUAAACAGCAGUUUCUUGUACAGCUAAACUGAUAUAGUAGGCUGCUGUCGCUCAGGGGAAGGAAUCUUUUGUCUCACUACCUCCUCGCAGACCUGUGGGCCUACUCCAUUUGCCUUGCUGGCUCUCUGGCUUGUCAGAUUCGGCAAGCCCGAGUUAGUUAAACCAGCCCCACACAACAGUUUGGUUAAAGUUCUGUGGAGUCAGUGAGUCCAUGUGUUAGGAGCACGAGAAGUGAGCAGGAUUACCUUCUCUCAUGGAAUUGUGCUCUGAGUACUUACUGGGAACAGCAGUAUGAGGUCAUCUUUGGUGUUCAGUUUGAUGUUACUAAUCCCUGCUGAAGAAAAACUAAGGUGUUGGAUUUUUUAGCCACUUUAGGCCUAGGAUUUUGAUUACAUUUGCUGCGAGACCAUUCAAAACUCAGUAAUUCAUCCUGUGAAAUCAGUGCCCACUAGUGUUGUCUGCUGCCAUAAACCAAAGUAAAGACUGCUGCUUUUACUUUUUCUCCAGAUAUUCUGCAGCACUGUUUUAAUUCCCAACCCUAAUUCUGUUCCCACAGAAAUGAAUUAGGAUUUUGUUGUAGGUUGGAACAGAAAAUGUGGGGCUGCUGCUCAUAACCAGACUACAGGACAGUGAGAGCCUUUUAAAGCUGUGACAGCUUUAAAAUGGUGAGUUUACAAAGAUUUUUAGGUCAGGAUGAGGUCCCAGUUCCUAGUUGGGGAUGGUAUGGAUUUGUGCGGAGCCUGGUCUCAAAGCAUCAGAAUGCAGUCCCGGACUUUCAACAACAUCAUUCAUCCGCAGUGCUUUAAAUGUGCCCUCUUUUUCUUCUCACUCCCUUCCCUUCACCAUGUCCGCUCCCUUUGGUGGCUCUCUAUAUUGUGGGAAUUCAAGCAGAGUUUGAAGCAUAUGCUUUGAUGUGAUGUGUAACUUAGCACUGAGAGAAUGAACAUGAACUUUGUCUUCUACUUCACAUGCUCACCUUUUCUAAUAUUUUUUGUUAAAUACUGUGUUUUCACAUCAAAGGCACUAUGAUUUUUGAGGGAAGGCCCGAUCUGUGUAGUGUGCUUCAGUUUGCCCAACUAGACAAACAAAGGUGUAAGUUCAUUAUUGUUGCACUUUUAUUACACAAUAAAUUCCUUGCAGAUACUGUAAUAUAUUUUAAUAUGCUUUGUAAUAAAUUUUAGAAAGUGUUGAUAAAUUUGCUGAUUUAAUAAACUAAUAUUGAACUGCCA